UUUUUGAGGCCUUUAAAUACCACUCCAAUCUGCUUCCACUUAAUCAAAUCAAAAAACAAAUCUUCUUCCCAACUUUCAAUUUCUCUCUCUACAAAUCCGAACACCCUUUUCUCUCUCUAGAAUUAAUUUUUUUACAGAAAAAUGGAGCAAAAUGUACCCAUUGUGGCCAAGAAAAUAUGGAAGAUGGUUCGAGUAAUUUAUUACAUGCUGAGAAAAGAAAUAUCCAAGGGUAAAUUAUUCGCCGAUCUCAACAUGAUGAUGAAGCGUGGCAAGAUCGCCGGAAAAUCAGCCAUUAAAAAUCUCAUGCUUAACCACCACCACCACCACGCCGCCGCCUCCCCUUCCACCUCCGGCCGCCGCUCCCACGAUUAUGAGUUCAGCUGCAGUAGCAACAGCCCCGCCGCCUACUACCCAAAAAAGCGCAGACACUCAAAAUCGGCGCAGCCCAGUGAAGAAGACCUAAUGGCGGCGGCGGUAGAGAUGGUGAACAGCGCGGCGGCGGCGUCGCCGGUUCUGCCGGGGUUCGGGCCGAGCCCGAAUGUCAGGAAGUUGAGGGUGACGGACUCCCCAUUUCCAUUGAGGGACGACGUUGAUGAAGAUUGCCACGUGGACGAAGCUGCUGAAGUGUUCAUUAUGAAUUUCUACAAGGAUUUGAGGCUGCAAAAUUCCAAGGCCUACUAUUUGGGUUAUUGUUGAUAAUUCUUGAAUUUUUCGGUGUGAUUUUGUAAUUAUCCGGUUUUUCAUGUACUAGAAAAAUAAAUAAAUAAAUAAAAUAUUUGUAAAUGAUACUCCGUUAAAUCGUGGUUUUUAUUCUAUCACAUAUUCGGUUU